UACCUCAGGCCGGCUCCCCCCCUCACUCUCCCCCCCCUCACUGUCCCUUCCACACCGGGGGCCGGCGGUCUGAGCGAGAAAGCGCGGGCAGCAGCGCGCCCAGAGCUGGGUUGACAUUAAAUGACUCUAGAGCGGGCUUUGGCGAGACCGGUAUACUAAGAUAUCGCAAAGGUGGUACGAGAAAAGAUUGAUAUCAACAUGUCUACGCCAUUCAAAAAAGAAUUAGAAAAGUACCGAGAUGUUGAUGAAGAUGAUCUCCUCCGAAAAUUAUCAGAAGAGGAGAUCCAACAGUUGGAAGAUGAGUUGGAAGAACUAGAUCCAGAUAAUGAGCUUCUACCUGUGGGAUUAAGACAAAAAGAUCAGACAAAGAAGGCACCCACAGGGCCAUUAAACAGAGAUCAACUUCUGGAACACUUAGAGAAGCAAGCAAAGGAAAGCAAGGACAGAGAUGACCUGGUUCCAUACACAGGAGAAAAGAGAGGGAAGCAGUGGAUCCCCAAAGAGAAGCCAAUGAAGUCUGUUAUUGACAGUGUUACCCUGGAGCCAGAGCUGGAGGAGGCCUUGGUCAAUGCUACUGAUGCUGAACUUUGUGACAUUGCAGCCAUACUUGGUAUGCACACACUGAUGAGCAACCAGCAGUAUUAUGAAGCCCUUGCCAGUAGUACCAUAGUUAACAAGCAAGGCCUUAACAGUGUCAUACAACCCACUCAGUAUAAGCCAGUUCCUGAUGAACUGCCAAACUCUACAGACCUUGAAGAAACCCUAAAGCAAGUUAUGGAAAAUGACCCUGAGCUCGAGGAGAUUAAUCUCAAUAAUAUAAAGAACAUUCCCCUUGCCACACUGAGAGCAUAUGCUGAAGCUCUGAAGGAUAAUACACAUGUAAAGAAGUUCAGCAUUGUAGGAACCCGGAGUAAUGAUCCUGUUGCUGUUUCUUUUGCAGAAAUGCUGAAAGUUAACAAAACAUUGAAGAGUUUGAAUGUGGAGUCGAAUUUUAUCACCGGUAAUGGAAUCCUGGCCCUCAUGAAAGCCCUCCAGCACAAUAACUCAUUGCUUGUACUUAAAAUUGACAAUCAGUGCCAGCAGCUGGGUAAUAAAGUGGAAAUGGAAAUUGCGAAUAUGUUGGAAAAAAAUCCAGUCCUUUUGAAGUUUGGCUAUCAUUUCACUCAGCAAGGCCCAAGACUUCGAGCAUCCAAUGCAGUGAUGAGCAACAAUGAUCUUGCUCGAAUUAACAGAGCAGAUGUUUCCUGGCCUAGAUUCUCAGCUUUGGAACUGGAGGAGAUAUAAUGAGGAAAAGCCGCCUUCAGGGGUUCAAUGGUCCCAUCUUCCCCAGGUGCCGGACGACAGUCUAAUCUGUUUGUGAAGACUUCAUGCCUCAACAGAGCAUGCUCUAUGCUGAUGGUUUACGCGUACAGCCAGAAGUGCCUUGUUAGUUCUCUGUUGUCCUUUCAUUUCUUUUUAGUGUUGUUCAUUGGAAUAAUGUACCAAAUUGAAGUGUAGCGGGAAGUUUAAUGGCAGUAGUUUGUACAGGUUUGUGUGCUUUGUACUACUAGUAGCACUUGUACUACAGAUUAUUUUUUCAAUCCAAUUAGUGCUUUGUGCAAAUAAACCAAGAUCAUCAAUUCUAAAUCUGUUCAUUAGUUGAUGUGUAUAUCUCUGAAUAGAUUAUUGAGUGAAACUACAGGUAUACCUAUGCAUGAAAGUGCCUGCUGUUCUAAUAUUUACUGUAGAAGCAUAAGUACUCAUUUUAUUUAUUUGAAGCCAGAGAAUUACCUCGAGUAAGCUGCUGUUCAUGAAGGGACGAUUCAUUCAUUUGUUGAUAUUAUGACAAAAGAAUUAUACUGCUUGAAAAUUGUGUGUAUCACUCUUGUGUUUGCAGAUUUACAGAACUUUCAUGUAAUCAGGCAUCCCCACUGAUUUGUGUUACUUAUGAAGAAUUCAAGAUGAUGAAUUGUUUUACAUGUAAAUCAAAAUAUUUAAAUAGAUUUAAAAUCGUGGAAAUUUAUACAAGCAUUUGGCUUCUUUUUGAGUCAUCGAGAGCCUCCACCUAUCCUUAAUUAUACUGCAAAUGUCCUGGCCUUGAAUUUAUUAUGGGACAUGAAAUAAAAUUGCAAUUUGUUUGGUUUUCCAUUGCUCGCUGAAACAAAGCAUAUUUGAGAAUCCAAAAUAAGUUUGUGUUUAUUUUAAUCAUGCAGUGUCUGUUCUAAAACUCCUCAAACUGAAAGAUUUUUCAAAUAUUGUUAAUUGGCAAAUUAAUUGACAAACUCCAACUUUGCACCACUGAGCUGUACAGAGCAGCCUACAAGCACCCAGGCUUCUAUUUACUAUGAUGUAUUUUUAUUUCCAUAACGAAAGGAAAAGGAAAAGAAAUUAUUGAAAAUGUGCAGGCAGUUUGAGGAACAGAACUGUGAUGAUCCAAAAGCAAGUAAAAAAAACCCUGUUUUAAAUCUACUGAUGUGGUUUCCAAAAAAAGGAUGUGUUUGAUUGUUGCACUUUAUGAUAAAUAAAACAUUAGUUUUGGGCAUUUUGUAGCCUCACGUGCUUUUACAAAGACAAUAAAUCCUCCUGCUGUACCAUUGUACAAUAAAA